ACCACAGGCACUCCGAAGAGAGAAAAUGCCCGUGCACAGGAUGUUCGUCCUCACGCUUUCCUCUUUAUGCCUAUGGCGUGGUCUACCCUCGGCUUCUGCUUUCUUGGCCGCACGCUUCCCUUCCUUUGCCCCACUCAGUGCCGUGUCCGCCCCUUCGAUUGCCCGUCAUAUUUCUGUAUUCCUUCCAACAAACCGCGCCAGCAUUUGCAUGCUCUCAUCGUCGUCCGAGUACUUUGCGGUCAUUGACGAGAUGAAAGUGACGGAAUUGAAGGAGCAUCUCCGGCGCCUGAAGAAACCCGUCUCGGGCACUAAGGGGGUGCUGCAAGAGCGCUUGAAGGAGGCUCUGACGGAGACACCCGUGCAGCUCAGCAGCAUCACAGCCCCCACGUCACCAGAAGCGUCAGUGACGUCCGAAGGAAGUGACCAGGGCAUGGACGUGGAGGAGGAAGAGCAACUUCUGCCCCCAGCCGACCUAGGAGAUAUUGAGGACGGGCCACUCGGCAAUGGCGGCGGGGCCAGGGCGAGUCCUGGGGGCCGCGCCGCCCAGUUUUCACGUGGGUACACCGAGGAUGAAGACGCGUACGACCAGACUGGUCGAGGCGGGGGCUCCAGAAGGGGGCCGGGCGGGAGAGCCCCGUGGAGGGCGGACGAGGAGGCGUGGGCGCAUGCCUCGGAGGAGGUGGUGGAGAUCGGGCAAGAGAUGGAGGCAGAAGUGAUGAGUUUCUCGGAUCUGGGCAUUACGGUGCGGUUGGAUGGGCGGUACCGUGGCUUGAUCUACGAGGACGAGCUCGACUACCAGCGGGACCGGCAAGGACUGCGGGUAGGGGACCGGUGCGCCGUGUACGUGCAAAAAGUCCGGCGGGACGGAAAAGUGGACGUGUCGUUUCGGAAGUUCGGAACUUUCCCCAAGCUGCAGGACGGUCGGCAGGUGGUGUGGGACGCGCUCCUGGCCUCCGCGGACGGGUCGUUGCCUCUUGGGGACCGGAGCGACAGCGAGGAGGUGGUGGCGGCCCUUGGGAUCAGCAAGAGCCAGUUCAAAGCCGCGGUGGGCAUGCUCUACAAGGCGCGGCAGGUGCAAGCCCCCGAGCCCUAUCGGAUAACCCUGGUGCCGGAAGAAGAGAGGGGUGGGGAGGGAGAAGAAGGAGGAGAGGAGGGCGGGC